GCCUUCAAGGCCGGGCUGGACGUGGCUCUGGGCGGCCUGGGCUGGCGGCCCUGCCCUCAGCAGGGAGGUUGGAACUCGAUGAUCUCAGAGGUCCCGUUCCAGCCAGGGGCAGCUGGGGGAACUGAGCAGCCCUGAGCUGUGAUGUGGGGCCCACUGUGAUGUGGGGCCCAUGGUGACGCGUCUCUGUGCCCCUGAGGUGCAGCUGUGACAGCGCCGUGCCCCCCAUUUUCUGUCAGGACUCUGUCAGGACAGGAGCUGGUCGACGUCGCUCGACACCCAUUGGAGCAAAUGGAGGUUUCUGCAUCCAGUGCAGGCCCUGCGCCCUCCCAGAGCUUAGCCCUUGUCCCCUACCGUGGGGGACAGAGCUGGCCCUGGGAUGGGGCUUGGGUUAGGGAGGAGCUCAGGGCCCUCCCGGACCCCAUUCCUGUGCAGCCCGAUGCUUGCGAGCUGCCCGUGUCCAUCCUGGUGCCUGAAGCGGUGGACGCCAUUGAGGCCUUCGUGCAGAGCGCAGAGAAGCCGCAGGACAAGGAGCAGAGGAUGGAAUUCCUGCAGAGCAUCUGCACCGUCUGCAACACAGCGGCGGAGAGGAACCUGCCCUGCGGACUGAGCGCCUUCUGCUGCCGCAACAAGCUGGCUGAGAACAUCACGGAGCUGCUGGUAGAGGAGAAUCGGGGGAAGCUCUCCUUGGAACUGUGGCAGCUCGUCAUGGCCGCCAUCACCGCCCUCAGCGCGGUGAAGGCGGCAUUGGAGGACAGGAUGCGUCUGUUUGUCGUGUGCUUCCAGAGCAUCCUCUUUCCCUGGUGGCAGGAUCUGAACACCAACCUUUACAUCGAGGCCCUGAGGGCUCUGGACCAGAUGCUGCACACCCUGGUGUUUGUCCACCCCGUGGCCAGCAUUGGCGAGGAGCUGCAGGGCCUCUUCCAGGUGCUGCUGCCUUUCACCUGCUCGCAGAACGCGGUCGCGCGCCACGGGGCGGUGAGCUGGAUCUGGAAGCUGAGCCAGUCAUUAGCGCACUUCUGCCAGGGCAGGCUCUCCGGCUUCUCAGGACUGAGCCGCUCGGUGCGCUUCCAAGCUCUCCAUGUGCCCGUGCUGGGGGAGCUGGUGGGAAAGCUGGUGCUGUGCUGCGCCGACCCGGAGAAGAAGCUGCGCUUUCACGCUUUGCGCGCCCUCCACCAACUCUACAGCUUCGUCCUGGAGAGAGCCCGUAAGACGACGGCUGCUGACCACCUCCGUCCGUCGCAGACAUCCCACGGGGCCGAGCGUGGACGGCGCGGCGUCAGCUGCCGCUGCAAGCGGCGAAGCAAUGGAACCCUGUGGGGUUUUUUUUUUGGGGGGGAGCUGCCCCCCACGGCCCCGCGCUCGGGGUUGGUGGGGGGUCAGCUGUCCCGCUCCCCGCACGCUGCUCACAUCUCGUGUCCCCUGUGGUUUGUUCUCGUUUCCAGGCUGGGAAGCGCAGUCGGAGGAGCAGGAGAAAUCCAAGGAGUGGCAAGCUGAGCAAGAGUUCUGCAUCACCUGGACCACCAACACCUCGAUCAUUGUGGCGAACUUUGUGAAGCACCUCCGCUCUUGGGAGAACACCGACCUCCUCCUCGUGGCGCUGCGGGGCAUGAGGGACCGCAGCAGCUACAACACCCA